AUGUCUUUGCUUGGAUAUCAAGGACUGUUUGCACAAAAAGACAAAAGUACAAGUCGGCUGGAAGGCAUAGCACUGUUUUAUAAACAUGAAAAGUUUGAUCUUCAAGAAGCCAGGAAAAUGAGUAUCAAUGAAAUUGCUGAUGAAAUCAUGCCCCAAGCUGAAUGCAGAGAAUUUGGAGAAGUUGUGAUACUUGCAACUUUAAGAGACAAGAUCACAAAGAAACUACUGGUCAUAGGUAUUGAAAAGUUUCAUUUUUUUAAAAAAAUUUUGGAAGCAUUGUCAUUCAAUUUCUCUCACAUAUUAGUCCCAAGAAUGUCAAAUCCAAUGAAAUCUCCACACAAAAUUGACAAACAAACAGAGGAUUAUUGACUCAAUUGUUUUGUUCAUUAUCAUGGGAUGUCGAUGAACCAAACGUGAAGCUGCCAGUAAGGCUUGUAUGUUUGCAGUAACUCUUUCUAGAUCACCCAGUAAAAAGCCCUAAACAAAACAAAAUUUUAUAAUAUUUCUCACUUAUCUAUGUACUGCUAGAAAUAAGAGAAGGGGCCUUUUGAAAACGAUUUUCCAACUGGACGUAAGGUUUGACUCUUAUUUCCGGGAGGUGGGGGUUGGGGUUGGUACUUGACCAAUACGCCACUUCCACAUUUCCCAUAAUGCACCUCUUUUGCCCCCCCCCCCCGAAAUUUUGCAUAACCUUUGUUUUUCAUUUCUCUUUUGUAUUAUAGCCAUCCCACGAGAAAUUGAGGUGGGGGGAUGAGAUGCAUUAUGGGAAAUGUGGAAGUGGAAGUGUUGAGGAUGAAAAAUUCCUAAAAUACAUUACCCUUUUUUAGAGCUACUCUCUCAAUUUUAUUACCCUGUCUAGGACGCUGUCUUGUUUUAAAACCAUAUAUUGGCAUUUCGAAAGAAAAAAUUCACAUUAUAGUCAUUACAUUUGUAUACUAAGAGUACAAACAAAAUUCAUAAGCAAAUCAAAUCAAUCGUGAGGGAAAUACCAUGUUGACAGACUCAUGGCAAAAUUAUAUACCCUGUUUUGGACAAAGAGGUCAAAAUCCAUACCCUGUCCAGCGGCACACCCCAGUGUUCACCCUCCAGGUUUGAAACUAUUCAAGAAGCAUCAACUCCCAUAUUUUGAGAUGCCAUGGCAGAUAAACACUAUAGCCAAUAGAUCGUUUUCACAUGAUGUCAUGGCAGCCAUAUUUAUAUACAAAAAAAUGAAUCGGCGACCAUGUUUGUGUACAAUUCCUGUGGGAAUUGAACUCUUUUCACAUGUUAAAACUUUCUUUUGUUCCAAGCAAUUUGCAAAGCUGCUGACCACGUGACCUAAAACGAUCUAUAUUACAAUGAAAUGGUGCACUUCAAUUUUAAGAGUAUGAACUGAUUUUAAAUGCUUUUUUAAAUGCUUUUUUAGCCACUACAGAAGACCCAGGUUUGUUUGUUUUUUCGGUAGAGCAUGCCUCCCAACUCCUCCACUGUUAAAAUUGGACAACGGUCUCCUUGAUCAGGAGUUCCUGUCUGGGCUUCUUUUCUGCAUACGCUGAGGCUCCCCUUCACAUUGUCCGUAGCGUGCUUUCUUUCCCCCUCUACCCAGCCUUUUAGUGGCACAAAAGGUCUGUGAGGUGGAGAGAACCUGGGCUCGCAUUUCUAUGCACCAUUCUAAACAUGCAUGUAAAUUCCAGGCGCCAGCUGUAAAUGACAGCCAGUCUAUAGAGAGUUUUCACUCAUGUGGUUAGCAUCUAUGUAAAUCUAUUGGAACAAACAAAAGUGUUUACAUAAGAAAAAAGUUCAACUCCCACUGGAUUGGUUUGGAACACUAACAUGGCCGCCGUUUCAUUGUUUUGGAACACCAAUAUGGCCCCCGUGACAUCAUGUGAAAACACUCUAUGGUUACUAUUCAGUAAUUUUGACAGUUUAAUCCAAGAUGUCCCCAGUGUUUAAAAACCUCCUUGUUUUGUUUUUUCGUUUUCUUUUUUUGUAAGGUAAUACUCAUAUCUUAUGGGGAGAUCUCUUGAAGCCUGUCACACAAGCCUGUGAAAUUGCACUUGUCACGCAAGCUCUCCGUGACAAGGUAGCAUCGUUGAAGCUGCAAGGAGAGUCUGUUGCUUAUAUCCUAUGCGGAGACUUUAACAUCGACCCGCCAUAUCCCGCAUAUGAACUACUGAACAGAGGCAAGCUAGAUGAAGAGCAUUUCAGCAAACUUCAGACCGUUGAUUAUUUAAAAUUCCCUAAAGAUUUCAUCAAACCACAACAGGUACAAUUACUACAAGUUUUAACAUUUAAAAAUAGUGCACUUUUAUGUGACCAUGUACGUUAAAUCGAGGGCUAACUACGAUGUCAAAAUUCAUUCUCUUUCUAAACUUAAGUAGGAUUCUUAGAAAUGUUCCCCUGUAAGUGUGUUGGAAUAAUCGCGAUAUAAAAGACCGAAAGAAUGCAAAUUCAUUUUUAAAGCGACGUUUUCGCUGCCGUUGCGUCAUUCGAUCGUCCCUAAUGUUUCCCGAAUCCCGCAUCAUAAAAUGAUGCGAUAUUUCUUAAUCCUAAAUAUCGCACGCUCUCUCCCCAAGUCCCGCGAUUCAAAAUUGGUCAAAUCCCGUUUCAGUACGGGAGUACGGGAGUAACCCUCGGGGGGGUGGGAGGGGGGGAAGGUUGGGGCUUAGUACGAGAGUUGUACGCACCUAACAGGCGUGAGGCCAUGAUUAGCCUGCGUAGCAAGCGUUUCCGCGCGAGUUCGUCGAGAAAAAUUGGGACGAGAGCAAAAAAAAAAAGGGAAUGACUAACUUUCGCGCAAUAACUCGAUUGGAAACGCUUGCUUCGCAGGUUAGGCCAUGAUAAAGAUCUUGUUUCUUUUCAAGUACUUAUAGUUUAGUUUUAAAGAUCAAUAUUUUAAGAAAUGACACACCUAAACACAAGCAAAGCUAAAAAACGAUCUUAGAAAAAAAAGGAUAACUAGUGGCUGCAGAGGAAAAAAGAAAUUUGGACGUAUAAUCAUCCAUUUUAACUUUUCUCUGGGGUCACUGUUUUGGUUGGUUAAAAUUGUUACUGACUCUGUGAAGAAGAGGUUGAUUAAUGCUCGUUUCGUCGAUUUUUUGACAAACGCAGGUUAUGGCUGAACAGAUAUCACUCUUAAACAGUCUCAAAGAGCAUAUUUAUAACCCUCUGACAGAUCUCCAAAGUGCUUACAAGGUCGUCAUGGUAAGUUAUGGCGAAAGUUGUGCGAGUCGUCCUCCAACCUUCCUAUGUGGUGCUUUGGCCCAUCUUUGAUUGGGUGAGGAGAGGAGAGGGUCACGGUACGGCCGGCCCUGCAGUAAUUGGCUUUACGCUGUGGCGGUACCCUGCUAAGAAUUAGCGAAUCUGAAUAAAAUAGAAUAAAACGUGGCAACCCGUUGAUUCGAGAAACCAUCGUUGUCACGUGACAGAAAAAGUACGUUCUUCUGUCUGUACCACAGGGAUCCCAUUUAACCUUGCGCUAUAAACCGCGUUUUUCAAAGAGACUGCAAAUAGAAGACAACAACUAAACGACUUUUUAGAAAAAUCUAACGCGUAUUUUUUCUUUAGGGUUCUGAACCCGAGUGUACAAGUUAUGAAGAUGAUGGUAGUUUAACUUGGACUACGGAUUAUAUUUGGUUUGAUUCGAAAACUUUAAUGCCGACUGCUGCUUUAGAAACCAUUCCUGGGUCUAAAGUUGCAGAGUAUGGUGGCUUUCCAAGCGAAUUCUAUCCAUCGGACCACGUUUCCUUGAAAGCUCAUUUUAAAUUUGUUGACAAAGUGCCCUAAACUUGCCAGAAAACAUUUUUUACCGUAUGAAAUAAUUCAGAGCUGUGGAAUUUUAUCUAUACAGUAAGAUUAUUCCAUGUAAGGCACUUGUAGACAAGAAUAGGAAAAUCUCGAAACGACAGCUUAGCAUCUUGCGCGGAAAAAAUGACGAAUUGGAAUCAGGGUCGAUAAACCUUUUCGGAGGACGCGAAGUAAGCACUGAAGCACACGUACCAACUCCGUUGUAUGGCCAAUACCGUACGCAUGCGCGAAGAGGCAGCGUAGCCGAGUGGUUAAGCCGAGUGGUGUGUAGAGCGGUAGAAUUGCAAAAGCCUCGAGGUCAAUCGCCACCCUAACCUGGUUGGAUUUGUUCUCGGUAGACUAGUCCCGAGUUGAACGCCCCGGUCACGCUUGUAAAUAGCCAGAUGGUUUGCCCCCGGCCAGUUCCUUUUUUGAACUUAUUAUGUUUAUUUUUAAAUGUUUGUUUCUGUUCUUAGUAUUCGUGGGC